GUGCAGCAGUGCGAACACGAGCGCGCACAGCACAGCAUACCCGGCUUCGGUUUUAUUGUUGCAUACUCUAAUAAAUUAAUAUAUCCAGGCAAUACAACAUUUAUAUCUAUAACUCUGACGAUAUAUAUCGGCAAUUGUAAUUAGUGUUAAACAAUAUAUGCUUAUUAUUCGGCACGCGCGCAACGGACAGACAAUUUGAACAAAGUGUUAAACACAAACAACAAUAAAACAACAACAAUAACAAGAAAUCAAAUAAAAUUUGCAGCUGCAACGUGCAAACAUUUGAAUAUGUGCUAAAAGUGAAGAAAUUAAUCAAAAUAUAUCUUGCAUAAAUCAAAUAAACAUUUAACUAGAAUUCUAGCUCUAGCUGGAAUUAUAAACGUGGAUACAACAUAGCCGACAAAAUGGUGAACAAACAGUAUACGGCCAACGAUCUGGAGGCUUUUAUGAAGAUAGCCGCCAACUGGCAGAGCACCAACCACAAUUUGUUGGAGGGUGUCGAUCUAAAGACAGAAAUGACGCAAUACAUGAACAGCCCAUCGAUGAACAUGUAUAAGAAACGCGAGCGUACACAGAACUGGAAUCACCAGGAGAAGAAAUACUUGCUGGAUCUGUGCCGCAAGGAUAUGCGCAUCAUUGAGAAUAAGCGACUAGACGCUGGCCUAACCGCCGUCAAGAACAAGGCCUGGAAGAUUAUACAUCAGAAGUUCUCCAAUCAAUUUGGCACCGAUCGCACCUGCAAUCGCCUCAAGGAGCAAUGGCGUCGCAUGAAGGCCUGCACGCGUAACGAGAUACUCGACUACAACAAUCGCCUGGCCAGAUUCGGUGCUGAGGUGGCCGAUCGCAAGAAGCCCUCACCGUUUACCUUUGAGGUCUGGGACUUUAUGCAGGAGGCGAAAAAGGCAUGCAAAUCGGAGGCACUCGAUGGCAUUGACUACUCCAAAAUACCACUGGCCCUAGAGGAGGACUUUGAAUAUCGCGAUGACUACAAAUUCAAUGCCGAUGAACACGAUAUGGAUGACAGCCGCACACCGCCACAGGAGCUGUGCGAUGUGGACAUCAAGGAGGAGGAGACCAAUGAAACCUUCAAUGAGACCUACAACAAUCACAGCAGCGAUAUUCAUGCCAAUGGCGAGCGUCUGAGCGUCUCGCCAAAUCACAGUCGCAAUGGCCUGCACGAGCCAGAGAGUCCGGCGGCCGCAACGCUGGACACGAGCAGCGCCUUUUUGCCGCCCACUGGUGGCGACAUGUCCGGCUUUCAGCCCAGCUUCAACAUGAACAACAUAUCCGCUACGCUGGAGGCGCUCAACGCGCUGCGCAGUGGCCAAUUCCCGAGCGCAGCUGCCGCAGCGGCUGCUGCCAUACAGCAGCAUCAGGCGCAGGCUGUGGCACUGCAACAACAACAGCAUCAACACAGCAACAACAAUAACAAUAACAACAACAACAAUGAGGACGAUGAUGAGCUGCUGAAGCCCAUGGCCAAACGCCAGCGCACAAGCAGCAGCAGUCUGGCCAGCGAGGAGCAACAAACAACCCUACCGCUGCCACUGCCACUGCCAUUAACCACAGCUGUGCCACAAUCCGCAGACAGUCAAGCAUUGGAGCGCAGCAGCAGCAGCAACGGCGGCGGUGUUAUCGUCGUUGGCGGCAGUAGCAACAGCAGCGCUGCCGCCGGCGCCGCCAGCAGCACUGGCAACUCCUUUGAGCUGCGCCUGUUCAUGGAGAUGCAGAGCAAGGAGCAUAUGAUGCGCAUGAAAAUACUGGAGGUACAAUUGCAGGCGGCCAAGCACAGUCGCGAUCUGGUUGAGAUUAACAAGACGCUGGCGCUGCAAAAACUGCAGGAGCUGGCCAGCAAGCGGUUGCCCAGUUAGAGCAACGCAUCGAACACUGUUAACUGCUUGAUUAUCAUCGUUUUCAUCGUUGUUAUAGUUGUAUAGCUGUAACUUUGUAGCACGUAGCACACUUUAGCACGUAGGGCGUAGCUAAAGUUAAAUUUUAGAAUAAGCAACAAAUUUUGUAACCAGAGACAGACCGGCACACACACACACACACACACGCGCACAUGGAAAACACACACGGAAACACAACACAUGCAUUGAGCUGCGAUUCACAACAUUCCUGGCAUUGUUUUGACCAGUAUUUAAAAGCUAGAAGCACAAACACACACACACACACACACAAAGAUAGACGGCAGCUCAUUGCGCUUGCAGCUGCAGCGGCGCACAAAAGUAUGCCAUAUUAUUUUAUAUAGUUAAAGGACUCUCGCCCUCAAUACAACAGCAGCCCAUGCAUACAGCCUACCUCACAGUAUACAACACACAAACACAAAUACACAGGGACACAACAGAAUCCUGGGCAGAGGCAGGUGAGUUAAGGCGCGUGUUUUGUGGCUCUGCACUUGACCAAGUCAAGUGAUUUGUGAAUACGCCCGAACGCAUUCAAGUUUUUAGUUCUACUUAGUUCUAGUUCUAGUUGUAGUACCCGUAACAGCUCUCCAAGUUG